AUGACAAUCUUUAAAGAUGUUGUAUUUUAUCUCGAUGGGUUUGCACCAGAUGUUGAUAAACAACUUGAAAAAUAUGGUGCAACACGAGCAACACUUCCGGAUGAUUAUUCACAAUUAACACAUAUCAUUACUACAGAUUUCAAUAGAAAAACAACACGUUUGAUGAAGAAAAAAGGAAUUCCAAUCAUCAAUGUGAAUUGGGUAGAAGCGUCUAUUCGGCGUAAACAUCUUCAAAAUAUUAAAUAUUUUUCAGCAGAUCCCCGGCAUUUUUUUACAGGAGUUGUAAUUACAUGUGUUGGGCUUUCAGAUGGAAAUCGAAAUGCAAUUCAUGAAGGAGCUUUGGCUCUUGGAGGACAGUGCACAGAGGUUUUAUCAAAAAGUGUUACUCACAUUAUUACAUUGGAUGUAAAUAAUGAAACAUGUAGACAGGUUUUAAAAAGACCGGAACUUGGGAUAAAAAUACUCUCACCAGCAUGGUUUAACGAUUGUUUAAAACAACGACAGCGUGUUGAUGAAACGCCUUAUUUAUUGACAGAUUAUAUUUUUGAUGAAAAUAAAACUAAAACAGAGUCAGUUUUGCCACAUAUGAUAAAAAAAAUAAAUGAUUCUGUUGAAAAUUUGAAUGAAAUUCCUUUGAAAUUUACAAAACAAGUCCUGAAAAAUAAGAAAAUAUUUUUUUCAAAAGAUUUAGAAAUAAAUGAAAGUUUAUUAUAUACUAUUGAAACAAUAGUUGUCAGUUUCGGUGCAAUAGUUGUAUCGUCCAUACAAAAUGCUACUGUUUUUAUUGGGAUAUAUCGAGAAGGAAAUGAAUAUAUUCAAGCGGCUCUUCAAGGAAUUAUUAUUGGUAAUUUAACAUGGUUUUAUUGGAUGUAUGUAUAUGAAACAUGGGUUAAUCCAGAACUAAAUCUUUUGCAUUAUCCUAUUGUAAAAACUGGUCUUCCAGAAAUGCAUGAAAUGGUUAUCACUAUUUCAAAUUAUCAAGGAGAAUCUCGACAAUAUCUUGAAAAACUUAUUAAAGCUCUAGGUGCAACUUUUACAAAAAAUAUGACACCCAAUAAUACACAUUUGAUAAUUCCAUGUGAAUCUGGACAAAAAUAUUUGGCUGCAUUGGAAUGGAAUAUUCAUAUAGUGAAUCAUCUUUGGCUUGAAGAAACAUAUGCAGAAUGGAAACUUCAAAAUAUUACAACGCCUCGUUAUAUUUAUUUUCCUCCUAAAACAAGCUUCAUGAAAAUUGUUGGAAAUACACCUAUAAAUUUGGACGUGAUAAAACUUUUUUAUGAAAAUGUAAGUAAUGACCUUAUUGAAAAAAAAUCUCCCCUUAAGGAAUCAAAUUUAUUAAAACAUUCAAACAAUAUCUCAUCAAACAAUAAUGAAUUGUCAUUGGAUUCUUUUUCAUCUUCACUGAAUAUGCCAUCAACUUUGGAUAAUUUUGAUUUACAGAUUCAUAGUGAUAAUGAGUCUUCUUUUCAGGCAUCUGAUUGUAAUUUAACAAAAGAAAAUUUUCCAUCUUUCCACAAAAGAAGGGCUGCUACUGUUGCUUUAGAGAGGCUUCAUAAUGAAAUAAUGCCUGAUGUUUUAUUAUAUCAGAAAGAAUGCAAAAGAAAAACAUUUUCUGAUUCUUCUGGAGACAUGACAAAUUCAAGAAAAAAGCCCAAAGAAUUAUUCAUUGAAUUUAAAGAUCUAAAAAAUAGUCAAGUCUUAAAAAAGACUAUAGCCAAAUUUUUUCCAACAAAUAAAGAUUUUAGAGAUUAUAGUGUCCGAAUUUUGGUAACAGGAUAUAAAGAUUGGGAUAAUCAAAUGGAAAAGGCUUUGCUUACUAUAGGAAUAGCUACUGUUCAAGACGCUAAAGAUUGUACACAUCUUGUUACUUCUCGAAUUCAACGGACUCAGAAAUUUUUAUCUGCACUUUCUUAUGCUCCUAAAAUAUUAUCUGUAGAUUGGAUUAAAGCGUGCCUUAAAGAAAGAAAAAUUAUGGAUGAAAAUAAUUAUUUUUUAAUUGAUCCUGAAUCUGAACUGAAAUAUAGUUUUAAACUUUCGGAAUCUUUAGAUAGAGCGCGUAAAAAUAAACAUUCCUUAUUUAAAGGAUAUUUGUUUCAAAUUUCUCCUGCGGCUGUGUCAAAUUAUAAUAAUGGAAUAGAUACUAUAAAACAAAUUAUAGAAGUAAAUGGAGGAGUCUGUAUAUCAGCUAUAUCUCGGAAAAAUAGGAUAGAAUACGGACUCUCUCCCAUAUUAAUAUCUAAUAUUUCGGAUACUAGAAUUUUAAAACAUUUUAUUGAAAAAAGAAAAGAGGCAGGAAAAGUUCCUCUAGUUUAUAAUAUGGAAUGGGUUUUAACGACAGUUUUGCGGCAAGAACUUAGCUUUACUGAUGAAAAUUCGCUUUUAGAAGAAUAUAAUCAUUUAUUUAUGUCGUAA